AUGCUAUUACUGUGGUUUGGCUUCUUUUCCUUCAUUUUUGGGGUGGUGAUCUAUCGACUAUAUUUCCAUCCUCUCAGCAAGUUCCCGGGGCCGAAACUAGCUGCCCUAACAAGUCUUUAUGAAUUUUAUUACAAUGUGGUCCUGGGUGGCCGGUAUUUGUGGGAGAUAGAGAGAAUGCAUGAGAAAUAUGGUCCUAUUGUGCGCAUUACUCCCCACGAGCUUCAUGUGGCAGAUCCAAACUUCUAUACGGAAAUCUAUGCAGGCCCUACCAGGAGGCGGGACAAAGACCCAAGACUUGUGCGACUAGCAGGCCAACCAACUUCCAUGUUCGCGACUGUUGAUCAUGGCCUGCACAGUUCGCGUCGAGCUAUCCUGAACAGCUAUUUCUCCAAAAAGUCAAUCGCAGGCUUAGAAGACAUGAUCCAGGGCAAGGUGCAAAAGCUUGUCAAGCGGCUGAGCAUGGCCUGUGAUCAAGGCACAGUUGUAAAGCUGGAUGCUGCGUCUUCGGCUCUGACUGCGGAUAUUAUCUCGGAGUACGCGCAUGGUGUGAGUCUUGACUACUUGGACGAUGUCAAUUUCAAUAAUGAAGUUGCGGACUCCAUAUUAAGUCUUGCGUCUGUAGUUCAUGUGUUGAAGUUCUUCCCUUUCCUUUUGGAUCUUUCAAAGUUCAUCCCUGAUAAGGUGCUUGAGAAGCUUUGGUUCCAUGCAGCCAACAUUUUGCGACUACAGAAACUGGUUCGUGCUCAAGCCGACGUCGCACUCCAAAAUGGAGGUAAAGUGGAUGGUCAAGCAACAAUGUUCGGUGCUCUCUGUGACCCAUCCUUGCCUGUGCAGGAAAGAACAUUGGAUCGGUUGCAGGACGAAGGCUUUUCGUUGAUUGGUGGAGGCACGGAGACUACAACAGGAACAUUGAAGAUUGUCAUGUUCCACUUGCUCAAUGAGAAGGCAUUACUUCUCAAGCUCCGCGAGGAGCUCGAGCAAUACCCAUCUAGCACAUGGGCCGACCUUGAAAAACUGCCCUACAUGAGAGGAACGAUAAAUGAGGGACUUCGGCUCUCCGGCGUCAUAACUCGCCUUCCCCGGCGUGCACCCGAUGAAGCCUUGGUAUACAAGCAAUGGACAAUUCCACCAAACUCCCUGAUGAGCACAUCGUCUCAUUUUGUUCACACAAAUUCGGACCUGUUCCCUAAUCCGCUUGCCUUUGACCCUGAGCGCUGGAUCCGGGCUGAAGCGGCCGGCCAACGCCUGGAGCAUAUGAUUGUCACCUUCAGCAAGGGCUCUAGGCAAUGCAUGGGUAACCAUUUGGCUUUGGCAGAGUUGUACCUGGUCAUUUCCACGCUGGUGCGGAGAUUCGAUAUGGAUCUAUAUGGGGUGACGGCAGAUAACAUCGUCACGCAUCGGGAGUAUGGCUUUGGCGUUCCAAAAGAAAGAGGUGAAGGAUUAAGAGUUAGUAUUACACGGGUUCGUGACCCGUAG